AUGGCGGACAAAGGUCUCGAGGAGGUCCCUGAAGGCCAAAUCGAGUCAAACUACGAUGAAGUCACCGAUUCCUUCGACGCAAUGAACCUAAAGGCAGAACUUCUGCGAGGUGUCUAUGCCUAUGGUUUCGAGCGACCGUCUGCCAUUCAGCAGCGUGCCAUCAUGCCAGUCAUCAAAGGAUCUGAUGUCAUUGCACAGGCACAGUCUGGUACUGGAAAGACCGCCACUUUCUCCAUCUCAUGUCUGCAGAAAAUCGACCCCAACCUCAAGGCCUGCCAGGCUCUCAUCCUUGCCCCCACUCGUGAGUUGGCUCAGCAGAUUCAAAAAGUCGUUGUCGCCAUUGGUGACUUCAUGAGCGUUGAGUGCCAUGCCUGCAUUGGUGGUACCAACGUUCGCGAGGACAUGAAGGCUCUUCAAGAUGGCCCACAAGUCGUCGUUGGUACCCCCGGCCGUGUUCAGGACAUGAUCACCCGCCGCGUUCUGAAGACCGACAACAUGAAGAUGUUCAUUCUCGAUGAGGCUGACGAGAUGCUUUCCCGAGGUUUCACCGAGCAAAUCUAUGACAUUUUCCAACUUCUCCCUCAAUCAACCCAGGUUGUUCUGCUCUCUGCCACCAUGCCACAGGAUGUGCUUGAGGUUACCACCAAGUUCAUGCGUGAUCCUGUCCGCAUUCUCGUCAAGAAGGCUGAAUUGACCCUGGAAGGUAUCAAGCAGUUCUACAUCGCUGUCGAGAAGGAAGAAUGGAAGCUCGACACUCUCUCUGAUCUUUACGAAACUGUCACCAUUACUCAGGCUGUCAUCUUCUGCAACACCCGAAGAAAGGUCGACUGGCUUACCGACAAGCUCACUGCUCGUGACUUCACUGUUUCCGCCAUGCACGGCGACAUGGAGCAAGCUCAGCGUGAUGUCAUCAUGAAGGAGUUCCGAUCUGGAUCUUCUCGUGUCCUGAUCGCCACCGAUCUCCUUGCCCGUGGUAUCGACGUUCAACAGGUUUCUCUGGUCAUCAACUACGACUUGCCCGCUAAUCGCGAGAACUACAUUCAUCGUAUCGGUCGAGGUGGUCGUUUCGGCCGAAAGGGUGUUGCCAUUAACUUCGUCACCGCUGAUGAUGUCCGCAUGAUGAGAGAAAUCGAGCAGUUCUACUCUACUCAAAUUGAGGAGAUGCCAAUGAACGUUGCUGGUAAGUUUUAA